GGAGCAGUUGCCUAGUGCUGCCUAGUGGGUGCUAUUGGAGACGCGAUCGACGGCAAAGUUUACGUAUGUGUGGUCGGUUUACGGGAACGGGCCACAAUUAAAAGUAAAUAAGGCAGACCAUGAUAUUGUGGAGUGUAAUGUGACACAUUUUAUUAUUUUCUUCAAGGUACGUUAAUAAAGAGGAUCCACUAUGUUUUAUGCACACUUUGUGUUGGCCAAGAAAGGGCCUCUGGCCCGUAUUUGGCUAGCGGCACACUGGGAUAAAAAGCUGACGAAGGCCCAUGUUUUUGAAACUAAUAUUGAGAAGUCCGUCGAUGGAAUUCUACAGCCAAAGGUUAAAAUGGCCCUGAGGACAUCGGGCCACCUUCUCUUAGGAGUCGUCAGAAUAUAUUCGAGAAAAGCCAAGUACCUCUUGGCGGACUGCAAUGAAGCUUUUGUUAAAAUCAAAAUGGCAUUUCGGCCAGGCAUGGUCGAUUUGCCGGAAGAACACAGAGAAGCUGCUGUUAAUGCUAUUACAUUACCUGAGGUGUUUCAUGAUUUUGACACCGCUAUGCCAGAGCUCAAAGAUGUUGACAUUGAGGCCCAAUUUAGUUUAAACCAAUCUAGAGCCGAGGAAAUAACAAUGAGAGAAGACUAUGGUACCCUUUCCUUGGUAACUCAUGAUCAAGGAUUUGGCGAUAUGAGUUUUGAUGCUGAACCUCCAGAAUUAUUAAGGCAUGCUGGUACGAUGGAGCCAUCGUUAGACCAGAGUCAUAUGUUAUUCAGUGAUGGACCUGGAAUAGAAGCAGCAUUAGAACAAAAAGAAAAAGAACCCAUUGCCGGGACGUCGACUACUGCUCAAGCAAUGGAUAUAGAUACACCUAUAAGAGACGAUGGGUUUGGUGGUCACCUAGGUCAAGAUAUUAUAUCUGGAGGAUUAUUUGAAGGAGGUCUUUUUGACGAGGCACCGAUGGGAGAAGUCCCAGUGCCUGAGGUUAGCAGUAUUAGCGAACAGCAGGAAGCUGCAGCUUCUGCUGGCGUUGCUCCCUCUGUUCAUGAAGAAUCGGAUGAGGAUUUAGGUGAUCACUUUGGAGGGCCUGCGUCUCCGAUGGGUGGAAUGAGCAGUAGUGGGGGCUCCAGACCUGCCACGCCAGUAGCAACCGGAGAGGAGAUCGAGGGUCGAGUGAGCGUAGCUAGUCGUAGGUUCACUCCAGCACCACCAAUACCUGAAGAGCAUCCAAUGGACGCUAUCGAGGAGCCACCUCCGUUGCAAGAUCAGACUACGUUGCUCCACGAUGAAGAAGAGAGUUUUGCGCUUGCACCUGUUGAUGCUUCUGCGUUGAAAGGAUUCACAAAGGCAAAGCGCAAGAGGAAAUUGAUAGUCGAUGAGGUGAAAAACAUAUCAGGUGAAGAAAUGAAGGCGCAGUUAUCCGACACAAGUGACAUCGUGACGACAUUAGAUCUAGCGCCACCAACGAAAAGAUUAAUGCAUUGGAAGGAGACUGGAGGUGUCGAAAAAUUGUUCGCCCUUCCUGGAAGACCAAUCCCGGCGCGUGCGUUGUUCAAGAAUUAUCAACGACACUUGACCAGUAAGUCGUACGAUCAUGAAGAUUUUGGUCGGUUGGGUGUCGAAGAGGAUGGAAUGGCAUUGGAACAGAUGAGGGACGCAGAGCCAGAAGCUGCUUUUGAACCUAGUUUACUCAGUAAACGAAUGAGUCGUAAGCGUAAGACGCCAUUAGACGAGGAGCCCAAGGCAGCAGCAGACGUCAGUGAACCCUCCUUGACUGUCGAAGCCGUUGAACCCCCAAGUGUGAUCCCACCAGUACCUGCCCCAACCCCGGAGGGUCCUCCUAUCCCUGCGGAAGUAACGUUACCUUCGGAAACCUCGGUUCCCGACAUCAGUACUAUGCUACCCUCUGUGGAAUCCACGGAAAUAAUGGGCGUGCCACCAGAAACACCUUCGAUGAGCAUAGAAAUGCCACAAAUCCCACCGGCUGAAGUGAGUUCCAUUCUUGGCACUGCGGAAGAGGAACCACCUUUGCCUCCAGUUAUUCCCCAACCGGAAGAGAUUAUCACUCCACAGCCUGCGGAGAUGCCACAAAUGGAAAAUAUGGGAUACGAUCAGACACAACCUCCUGUCUCUUACAUGGGCUACGAUGAGCAGCAUCCUCCAGCUCAUACACCUGGUGCUGUCUCCGAAAGAGGGCCAGCGACUCCUUGGAACCACGAAGACUAUGAGUUCCCUCCUUCGGUUGGACCGCAAGAGGAGCAACAGGUGGACGAGACCUAUGAGCAGUUUGAGGAGCGCGUGCUGAACAAACGGGCUGCGCACAUGUAUCACGUUAUUAAAAAUAAAUUGGACACCAAAGAUAGGUUGACCCUUUCAGAAAUGGCAUACAAAAACAAUCGGAAGCAGGUGGCGCAGAAAUUCUAUACACUACUAGUCCUUAAGAAAUUCCAAGUAUUGGAGCUGAGCCAGGAAUAUUCAUACGCCGAAAUCUUCGUUACCAAAGGCCCAAAAUUCGACAAUCCAGCGUUGUGAAGAGCCGACUCUUCGUCUUUCGCUCGUAUUCAGUUGUAAACUGGCUCGCGUCAUCGGAAUUACGUUUACUAUUUCUUCGCAAGAAAAUAAUUGAUACGGACUUGAAAGUCUAUUUUAAACGACAUCGGUAUUAUACCGUCAUGUCGAAUGUGUCUUUCGAAUCGCGUUCAACAUAAAGAUCGGACUUAUAAAUAUUUAUUACGUUGUUCUCACAUCAUUUAACAGAAAGAAAGAAAAAAAAAAACUACUUAGGGUUAAGGGAGAGUAUAUUUCUACAUUUCAUUGAUCAGCGAAGCAUUCGCGUAAUUACGUUCGGUUUAGAGAUUAGACGAUAAUGUUCGAGACCUUUUUCAGAUAGUAUGCGAAAAUGACCUACAGAUAGAGUAAGACCUUUUUUAUUCAGGACUGCCGGCGCAUGGUUUUUUAAAUAACCGCUAGUAGAAUAGGGAAUACAUAUCACAUCUCUCGACUCUAUUGCAGUUAAUACCUUGCAAUAAAAAAUAGAAAAUUGUGUACUUCCAUUAACGAGAUUCGGUUGUACGAUUUUGAUAUGGCAGUUAUCUUUUCAAAUUCCGUUUUUCAUACAUUGUAUGUACUCCUCAGUGUAGGAUUUUCGAUAAGGUCUUGCAAUGGUCUGGCGAUUAUUUUUGCGCUAUCCUUGAUAUAAUUAGAACUUUAAAUUACUCUGCCUUAUUAGUUGUACGAGUCUGCAAAUCUCUUUGCAGAGGUGAUAUGUAUUCUAUUAAAAUGCAUAUUCGAUCAGAUGGGCGUGUAAAAAAAAGUUAAAUCAUUGCGCUUGAUUUGUUUUCGAGCUCCAUUGAAUAAAUGACAUCGUUAAAUUUGAAUGACCUUAAAAAUUGAAUUUAUAUCGAUGAUACACACUGUAUUUCCCUAGUAUGGUAUCAAAAUCAGUAAAUGUAAUAUAUUAUAUAAUAAAACAAAAUACUUAUAA